AUGCCAGGAAGAGGCAUCGAACGUGCCUGCGGUGACUUCCUGCUUCCUCUCAGGCUUCAUGACGGUCCGGUGAGUCGGCAAGAUGCAACUAGACAUUCGCAAGGAGAGGUGUUUGCUCCUGCUACGAGCUUUCACCAGUAUGGCAAAUGGUACCCACCAGAGAUGAAGGACGCUGAGAGGAGCAAGUUUGGCUACGAUGUCCUGAAGCGGGAGCAGGUGCCUUUGUGCGAGGACCUCCGGCCUGGCGUGCUGUACGAGGGAGAAAAAUGUUUUUCCAAAUGUGGUCUACCAGGAGAAGAGGAUUGCAUGCCAAGGGUCAUGACGCUCCCGGAGGACGGUGAGUUUGAAAUGGUCAAGCAUCCCGUCUGCAAGUCCCAUGUCGAGUGUGUUGGCAAGCCUUCUCGGGUCCUUUGCGAGGUCGUCAAGAAAGGCAGCUGGCAAGAGGGCCUGAUGACGCGAAUGAGUAGCAUUGGAGGAGCCGAGCUGGUUGUGUCCCUGCCUGCGUGGCGUCAAGGAUCUGGUCAGCGCGACCGGGUGGGUUCGGAGCAUGCCGGCCAUGCAUUUCUGUGA